UGUUUCUUCACUCGAGGUGACCCCUACAAGACCAGAAYCCUGUACUGCAGGAUUAACCUGAGUGUCCCUGUCCUGGACCGCUUUUUUAACCAGGAAGAUCUUAGACCAGACUUCAGGCUGAACAGCGAGUCUCUGGCAGUGUUGCUGAAUCUCCUUAAACAGGAUCGCCAUCAUGGUUGGGGUGCCACAAUUGAGACCCUGGUUUUUCUUUUCUGGUUGGCAAGUGGAGCAUCCUACAGGGUGGUCUGUAGAGUGUUUGGGAUGCCUCGUUCAACUGUCCACUGGAUCGUCCAUCGGAUCACAGAGGAGGUGGUGGCCAUUCGCCACCAGGUCAUCCACCUCCCUAAAACCCCUGAAGACCUGGAGGUAGUGUCCCGUGGGUUUGCAGGGCUGGCAGGGCACAGAGCCUUCCUGAAAGCAGCAUGUGCAAUCGAUGGCUGCCACAUCCACAUCAAGCCUCCAAGCGGCCCUGAUGGUCAGUGCUACAGGAACAGGAAACUGUUUCCAUCCAUCAUCCUCCAGGCAGUUUGUGACCAUCAGGGCCUCUUCAUCGACACGUACGUGGGCUGGCCUGGGUCGGUGCACAAUUCCAGGGUGCUCCGCCACAGCCCACUGUACCGGCAGUCUGUCUACCCWCCUCCAGGGCAUUUUAUCCUCGCAGAUGGAGGGUACCCAUGCCUCCAACGUCCACUACCCCUCAUCACACCCUACAAACGGCCAGUGCAAGGUGUGGGAGUCCAGCGCUUCAACAGCCAUCAUUCCAAGGCACGCUGUAUUAUAGAGCGUGCCUUUGGGAUGAUGAAGACCAGGUUCAGGGCCAUCUUCCUGCAAGCGCUGGAGGUGUACCACACCUUUGUACCUCAUGUAAGUGAACACGGAGUGGCAUCUCACAUUCUUUAAAUAUAGAAAUGUAUAU